GGGGCGUAUUUACCACAAGGCAAACAAGGCAUUUGCCUAGGGCGGCAUUUUUCAGGAGGGCAACAGCAACUUUCAGGGGUGCAGCGCCGCUGCCCCCAAAAGAAAGGAUGGCAGAAGAGGCACACACAGCAUAGGGACCAGGUGGGAUCUGAGAGAGGCUGCGGGCUGCUUGAUGGUGUAUGCAGAGCCUGACUCUUGUUCCCGGGGAUGUCCAGAGCUAUGAAGGGGGCAAUGGUAGUGGAAGGCUCUCUCAGGUGGGGGGCAGGGGUGU